UCCAUCUCAAAACCCCUAACCCUAUAUAUACCCCUUCAUCUCCACCAUUCAUCUUCGUCUCACUCUCAUUUCUCUCUCUCUCUCUCUCUCUUCUCAGAUCGAAUCAGAGCUCAGAUCAGAUCUGAAAACAUGUCUCUCUCCGUCGAGAAAACCACCGCCGGCCGUGAAUACAAGGUCAAGGACCUUUCUCAGGCCGAUUUCGGUCGUCUCGAGAUCGAACUCGCGGAGGUCGAAAUGCCAGGUCUCGUCUCGUGCCGUACUGAAUUCGGUCCAUCUCAGCCAUUUAAGGGAGCCAGAAUCACUGGUUCUCUUCACAUGACUAUUCAGACUGCUGUUCUUAUCGAAACCCUAACCGCACUCGGUGCUGAGGUGAGAUGGUGCUCCUGCAACAUUUUCUCGACUCAGGAUCACGCUGCGGCCGCCAUAGCUCGUGAUUCGGCUGCUGUUUUUGCUUGGAAAGGUGAGACUCUUCAAGAGUAUUGGUGGUGUACUGAGCGUGCUCUUGAUUGGGGUCCAGGUGGUGGUCCAGAUCUGAUUGUUGAUGAUGGUGGUGAUGCUACGCUUUUGAUUCAUGAGGGAGUUAAGGCUGAGGAGAUCUAUGAAAAGACUGGUCAGUUGCCUGAUCCUACUUCUACUGAUAAUGUUGAGUUUCAACUUGUUCUUGGGAUUAUUAAGGAAGGUUUGAAGACUGAUCCUAAGAGAUACCACAAGAUGAAGGAUAGACUUGUUGGUGUUUCUGAAGAAACUACUACUGGUGUUAAGAGGCUUUACCAGAUGCAAGCUAAUGGAACUUUGUUGUUCCCUGCUAUCAAUGUUAACGACUCUGUUACCAAGAGCAAGUUCGACAACUUGUACGGAUGCCGUCACUCUCUCCCAGAUGGUCUUAUGAGGGCCACUGAUGUUAUGAUUGCUGGAAAGGUUGCCGUUGUUUGCGGUUACGGAGAUGUCGGAAAGGGUUGUGCUGCUGCUCUCAAGCAAGCCGGAGCCCGUGUGAUCGUGACCGAGAUCGACCCCAUCUGUGCCCUUCAGGCUCUCAUGGAAGGUCUCCAAGUCUUGACACUCGAAGACGUUGUCUCCGAUGCUGAUAUCUUCGUCACCACCACCGGUAACAAAGACAUCAUCAUGGUUGACCACAUGAGGAAGAUGAAGAACAACGCCAUUGUCUGCAACAUCGGUCACUUCGACAACGAAAUCGACAUGUUGGGUCUCGAGACCUACCCCGGUGUUAAGAGAAUCACCAUCAAGCCACAAACCGACAGGUGGGUCUUCCCCGAGACCAACGUCGGUAUCAUUGUCUUGGCCGAGGGACGUUUGAUGAACUUGGGUUGUGCCACCGGACACCCUAGUUUCGUCAUGUCUUGCUCAUUCACCAACCAAGUCAUCGCCCAACUCGAGCUCUGGAACGAGAAGUCAUCUGGGAAAUACAAGAAGGAGGUUUACGUCUUGCCUAAGCAUCUCGACGAGAAGGUCGCCGCUCUUCACUUGGGCAAACUCGGAGCUAGACUCACCAAGCUCUCCAAGGACCAAGCUGACUACAUCAGUGUGCCAGUUGAGGGACCAUACAAGCCUGUUCACUACAGGUACUGAGCAAUUGUUUGGUCAAUUGAAUGACCUCUCUGAGUUGAGAAACCAUAAAAAUUUCGAAGAAUUGAUUUGUUUACUUUGUCACAAUUUGAUGUGGUAGUAGAAUACUAGAACUUUGAUUUUUGUAGGGUGUGUUUUUUUAUAUUUGGUGGUGGUGGUGGUUUUGGGGUGAAGUGUAUGGAAAUUGGUCUCUGAUGAAGAAGACCUUUUUAAUAUGGAUUUGGGUUUUUAAUAAGGAAUGGAUUUUGGGUUGUGUUGGGGAAUCAAUAUAUAUAUAAUAUGAUAUGAUAUAAUAUAGAGAAAAUGGUAAAAGGAAUGAAUUUACUUUUUGCCCA